AUGAAACUGAUCUCAGAUGCAACACUUCCUCCAAUUUUUAUUUUCCACUAUAUACACCCUUGGAAUAUAUUUUUUCUCCCUGUCAUUGUGGUAGUUAUCUGCAUUUUGGGACUUGUGGGAAAUGGAAAUGUCAUUUGGCUUCUUGGCUUUAAAAUUAAGAGGAACUCUUUCACCAUCUACAUCCUAAAUCUGGCUGUUGCUGAUGUUGGGGUCCUUAUAUCCCUACUCAUGAUAGUCCUACAUUUUAUUUUUAAGGGAUUUCUGAUAGAAUUAUUUGUGGAUUAUCCUUUGUUUUUGAUGUUUUAUGAGCUAUUUACAUUGACAUACAGCUCCGGACAGCUUCUUUUGACCACCAUCAGCAUAGAGAGGUGUGUUUCUGUCCUCUUCCCCAUUUGGCAUCGGUGCCAUCACCCCUCACACCUGUCCACCACUCUGUGUGCCUUCAUAUGGGUCCUUACCUUCCUCCUCUGUGGAACUAACUUCACCAUCUCCACUAUGUCUGACUAUAAUACGAGUAUCCAAAAGUACAAAUUUAUUAUCAAUGCCUUGCUUUGCCUCUCGCUCCUGACAUUCUCCAGUCUGGCCCUCUUCAUCAAAAUCUGCUUUAAAUCAAAACAACGAAAGCGGGGGAAACUUUUAACAGCCAUCUUGUUUGCACUGCUCUUCUUUCUGAUCUUGGCUUUCCCACUGACUGCCUUUUACCUCAUCAGUAAUUUGCUUAACAGGGUAUUUGUUGAUUUCUUUAUUAUUGGCAUCUUGUGUUCCUCCUUAAACAGCAGUGUGAACCCACUGAUUUAUUUCCUUGUGGGAAGAAACAAGAAGGCUCAGUCUAGGGAGAGCAUGAAAAUCAUACUCCAGAGGGUUUUCAAAGAGGAGGAAGACAGUAGAGAGCAAAUGGAACCCUGGGGUCCAACUCAGGCCUAA